AUGUACAUCCGUCAGUCCAAAUUUCCCAACCUGAGGAAGUACCAGUACUCCGCCGUCGACCACUCCCUAGUCUCGCGGUACAUUCUGAAACCCUUUUACACAAACUUCUUUAUCCACCUUUUCCCACUCUCCAUGGCGUACAUUACCCUCUCCGGUUUUGCUUUCGUGAUUGUUAACCUCCUCACGUUGCUGUGGUACAAUCCCACCUUAGACCGGGACUGCCCAGGAUGGGUCUACGCCUCGUGGGCAGUGGGCCUAUUCCUCUACCAGACAUUCGAUGCCUGCGACGGUACGCAGGCAAGACGUACUCGGCAAAGCGGGCCCUUAGGAGAGCUAUUUGACCAUGGCGUAGACGCAAUGAACACAACACUGGAAGUCGUCAUCUUCGCUGGCGCAAUGAACCUCGGUUACUCGUGGAUAACUAUCCUCACGCUCUUCGCGAGCCUCUGCGCUUUCUACCUGACGACUUGGGAGGAGUACCACACUGGGACAUUGUACCUAGGCUUGGUCUCGGGGCCCGUUGAGGGCGUGCUGACGCUCUGCGCCGUGUACGCCGUCACCGCUUUCAAGGGUGGGAGUUUCUGGCAGAGGCCCAUGCUCGAAGCGCUUGGGUUGCCAUCCCCCGGCUUCUUGGCCCCAGUGCUGAGAGAUAUGUCAUUUGCUCAAUGGCAUUUGGUUUACGGGGGGAUUAUCUUGGCAUUCAACAUUGUGCAGAGCUCCCAUAACGUAACUCGCGCCCGCCGCAGCAAGAACCUCCCCGUAGCCCCAGCGCUCCUAGGCCUAGCUCCUUUCUUCACUACCUGGCUCGCAAUCCCCCUCUGGCUAUCCCUACGCCUGGAGAUUCUCCACGAGCAUAUCCUCCCCUUCAUCUUCUUCAUCGGCGCCUCCUUCGCCUACCAGGUUGGGCUGAUCAUCACGGCGCACCUAACGAAAUCCCCUUUCCCGUACUUUAACGUCCUCUCACUUCCAAUCCUCGCGGGGACGCUCGAUGCCCUGGGACCGUUCUUGCAGGCCAGGCUGGGUCUUGGAUGGACGAGUGUACUUGGCGGAGGACCAUAUACUAUUGCAUACGUCCUUGCGUGCCUGGGGUUGAGUAUUGGUGUCUAUGGGAGCUUCGUGGUAGAUGUUGUCACGAAUAUUUGUGAUUAUUUAGAUAUUUGGUGCUUGAGUAUUAAGCAUCCUUAUGCCCCUAAUGUCCCAGAGAAGAAGGUGGAGUGA